UGGAGGACGUUUGCUCGUCAUUCCCACAGGUUUCUGCGGUCCCCAGUCUCCUCAGCAGCAACAGCUGUAAACCGAGCAGCCGGCGGGCGGGUCACCCUCGUGUGAGCUCACACUGCAAACAGCAGCAUCAUCAUUAGCGUUAGUAACAGCAACACCCUCCGCAGCUCCUCUCACGAACACAGCUGCACUGGGCCCCACCGGACACUGCUCUCCCGCCCGCACCCCCAAUACGGAACAAUACACGCGGGACAGAGGAGGAAGUGGAAACAGGAGGGAGGGAGGAGAAAUAAGGAGGCAGGAUAGGGGGGGGAUAAGGGCCCCGACCAACCGGGGUGUGGAGCGAGGGAAGGCUCUCGGUGUGGGAGCGCUCAGUGUGGCCGACAUCCAGCCGUGAGAAAAUCGUUAUUCCUUCGGAGUGAAAAGAAACCCAAAGAUGGCGGCAAAUAAGCCUAAGGGACAGAACUCAUUGGCAUUGCAUAAAGUCAUCAUGGUUGGAAGUGGUGGUGUGGGAAAAUCUGCUUUAACCCUUCAGUUUAUGUAUGAUGAGUUUGUAGAAGACUAUGAACCUACUAAAGCGGAUAGCUACCGUAAGAAGGUUGUGCUGGAUGGAGUGGAGGUCCAGAUUGACAUCUUGGACACAGCUGGGCAGGAAGACUAUGCAGCUAUCAGAGACAAUUACUUCCGAAGUGGUGAGGGUUUCCUCUGUGUCUUUUCCAUCACAGAACAAGAAUCUUUUGCUGCUACUGCAGAUUUUAGGGAACAGAUACUACGUGUGAAAGAAGAUGAGAAUGUUCCCUUUCUCCUUGUCGGAAACAAAUCUGAUCUGGAAGAUAAGAGGCAGGUUUCUGUAGAAGAGGCAAAGAGCAGAGCUGAUCAGUGGAAUGUUAACUAUGUCGAAACCUCAGCGAAGACUCGGGCUAAUGUGGACAAGGUGUUCUUUGAUUUGAUGCGAGAAAUUCGUGCCCGAAAGAUGGAAGACAGUAAAGAGAAAAAUGGGAAGAAGAAAAGAAAAAGCUUAGCCAAAAGGAUAAGGGAAAGAUGUUGCAUUUUAUAAUGAAGGCCCUAUUGCACCCUCUUUUUUUUUUUUUUUUGUGUUUUAUCGAUGAGAACCAUUACCUGUUAGCAUGUCCCACGCAGCUCAGCUGACCGGCUGUGCUUAUCAUUACAAGGACAUUACAACAUACCGGAAGCAUGAUUUGGACGCUGCUCUGGACAGACAUUCAACUUCACUGACACAAAAAAGGGAAAAAGAAAAAAAAUCUCUGCAAUAUUCUUAUUUGUCCAGUGUUUCUGAAUGUACACAUUUUGCGCGAAGCAGCAAUAGUCUGUGAACACUUUACAGUAAUGGCUGGGGUGAGUGGUUGUUCUGAUGUCCUAUUAAUCAUUCUCUGCUCGCAGAAAGAUCAGCAGCACUCUGUAGCAAACUGGGGUCGCAACUGUUUUACAGUGAUCUUCUGCUAGAUGCUUUACAGUUAACUAGGCCAUUCAGCCCCUGUCAUAGCCUCAUAUGCACAGUAGAUCUGAAUAUGCCUUAUAGUAGACCUGGCAAAAAGUCCUGAAGACUAAACAUGAAGUUUUCACAUGUAGUAGUAUCAACUGACAUAUGAAUAUAGUGAUCUUACACAAUCUCAGACCUAAGGCUAGGGCUAUAUAGUGACUUCAGCUAAAACACGUCCCACAGCCAAAGAUGGCAGUGUGGCACCACCUGUUUUACAAAAAAUUAAAGUGAAUGGGCCGGUGUUUCUUGAGGCUGCAACAGUGCAGCCUCAAGAAAUCCUGCAGGUUGAAGUUUCUUGCAGCUAUUGUGUUGCUGUAAUUUGCUGGUAGCAACAUGAACUUAUUCUCUUUUAUUAGUUGCAAUGCAGCUACACUGAGAUCUUUGGCCACAACACACGUCGCACAGCCAAAGUCGCUGUGUAAUCAGUCUGGAGAAAGUUUUAGGUAAUUUAAUAUAAAAAUGCAGCGACUCAUUGGACGCUUAGGUUCUGAGCCAUAGAAUCAGCUUAAGAUGACUUAUUUAAUUAAACUGGUAUCUUUUGGAGCUGUUAUUAACAAGCAUUUUGCUAGCAUCACAGUUAUAAGGCCUUCAAUAAUACUAUAUGUGGUUUAUUAGCUGAGAGCACCUUGCAAGAAACCCCAUUAUCAUGGUCCUCUAUUUUAUAGGACAUAUCGUAUUUUUAUUAUAUACCUCUUCUAGAGCAAGUAAAUUUAUGUCUUGACUGUAUAUUUCCUAAUGUGAUUUCAGUUAAAAUGCAGAAUUCUAGGUUUAUAUGGGACAUUGCUACGCUCUAGGAAGAAGGGUGGUCCAUGCAGGUAUGUCUUUGAUUGAAUAGACUUCUAUAGUAACGACGAUUUAAACAGAAAACCAGAGACCUAGAAGUGAUGGCUAGCGUCUGUACACAAACUUUUAUUAGUAUACUGUGGGUGCAAUAUAAAGAACAACCAUAGGGAUACAUGAGCACUCUAACAUGCAGCACUUUGAAUGUAAUUCCUGGAGAAAAAUACAAGGUAAAACCUUCAGGCAUAGUUAUCUGACAAAAGGCAAAUAAUAACGAGCCUGGUUUAGGCUUCGGCUAAGCACUUCAGACUUGGUGAAGAGUUUGUUCCAUAUGACCUUGCAGGCUUUACUUGGGGCAGUUAAGUAGAUGAUCUGAGGUUGUUCAUCACAUUCGUGUUUCCUACUUGCAGGAUAAAGCAGCUAGAGCAAAAAGUCAACGCGUGGCGCUAACAUUAUAUAGAAGUUACUAAGACUGCUAGGGGAUAUUGUAUGUCCCUAUUACUCGAAUGUGUUAUGUCCUGACUGGGUUUUACUGACCCAAAUUCACAACAUUAUAUGGACCUACAAAGCCGUGAGUUUGGAUCCGUUAAUCCCACCGUCGGAGAGUGAGUAAUAUGGAUGCAUAAUACAUCAUGCUCUGGUCUUGGCCUUUGGCUUUUUCCAUUGGCAUUAUGAUAUUUUCUCCUAGCACAUAAGGCUUUUUUUAUCUAACCUCUAGAAAUUCACUGUAACUCAGCUACAGUUCUAUAAUUGUCACUUUUAAGUUUUUAUGACUAAUUACAGUAAAAAGACUUCCCAUUAAAGAGUUAUUAUGAAGAGCUUUAAAUGUCUCAGUUCCAUGUGUCAGCAUUCUAACCAUCAGGAGUGACUCCCCCUUCCCUGCAGAUUGUUCUCCAACAUGCUGACCGUGCUUCAUUUUUAUUUUUUAUUUUUCCCCCCCAAACUAUUUAGUCUGCACAGUUUUUGGAGGGCUAUAUCCCUCAUGGUAUAUAUUAUAUGACGGUGAUCAUUGUGUACCACACUCAGCAACUUGGGGAAAUCGAGAAAGUCUUUCAAGACAUGGAGUAUGGCUGUGAAUUUUUCAUCACAUGUUAAUAAGCCAAGAAACGCUGAAUACAUUCAAGAGUUAAAAUAACCUUCCAGUUCUCAGCUGUAUAUAAAUGGUAAUUUCACUAUUCAUCACCUAGAAUAUCCAGCAAGCAUUACAUGAGAUAUGGGGGCACUGAGAACCUCUUCAUUUACUUACUGUGAUUUGUUUCUUUGUUGUACUCUAAGGUUUCUGACCACUAAUGCUUUAGGCUGGGUCUACACAGGUGAUUGGAAAACCACCAUGGUUUUGUUGGAUAUUUCUGUGGGUUAAACUCCAUGACUGGUUUUAGUUUACUAUGACCAGCCCAUAGGUCUUGCCCAUAGAAACAUGUAUGAAUUGUCUACAUCCAACGUCAUUUGUGUAGCUACAGCCUUAAAGUGCACUUGAUGCCUGCACACAUUAGUUACAAUCAUUUUGUUUGGUGGACCAGUAUACAUGAGGAUGUAUCCUAUGAAUUCAGCUGGAACAAGUGCCUCAUGCAGGUAACCCAUGAAGUGUUUUAGAUAUUCCUCUAGACCCUAUAGAAUUGAUAAGUUGCUUUCUCAUGACUAUCUUUUCUGCACACAAAAUGGCUGCCUUCCACGUGUGUAGGCACUGAGUUCACUUUCAGUAGUUUUGCAGCUAUGAUGUUGGGUACUGUGGCAUUAUGAAGCUACUGAAAAAUAAUAUAUAGGCUGAUUCCACUGCCCAAUUUUAUAUUUUUGCCAUGGAGCCAUUUCAAGUUAAAUAAAGUUCAUUUUUGUAA